AUGUUAAGAAGAGGUUUUCUGCUUAGAUCUAAAACGUCUUCCAAGACUCUGGCGCCAAAAGAGGUUCCACCCUCGGAACCACCGUUUCUGACGACGACGUCACUUCCCCAUGACAUCGUCGUUAACAUCUUAGCCCGUGUUCCGAGAUCCCACUAUCCAAAGCUCUCCCUCGUCUCCAAGUACUUCCGAUCGAUCGUUAGGUCGCGUGAGAUAUACGCGAGACGAUCCUCCUUGGGAUGCACGGAGCACUGUCUCUACCUCAUCCUCUCCAACCUAAGAACCAAGGAGAACCGUUGCUACAUUCUCCUCCGGAACGGCAGUCACCGCCGCUUGGUCCUUGUCCCUUCGCUUCCCGCUUUGCCGCGCGGACCGUACCGUUCAUGCUUCGCUGCGGCGGGCUCGAAGAUAUACAUGUUUGGUGACGGUAACGACGGCAGUACGGCGCUAAGCAUCGACUGUGAGUCUCACACCGUGCGAUCUCUCCCUAGCAUGCCUGAGCCUUUGGUUUACACAGUCGCUGACGUCAUCGACGGGAGAAUCUACGCCAUUGGACGUGAUAACAGGGACUUGGACAAGAUGAUGGUGGUGUUGUUCAACACAGAGACGCAAACGUGGGAGCCUGAGAAGACGACGUCUGAUGUAGAGGCAGGUGACAUGUAUCAUGGAAGUGUGGUGAUGGCUGGUAAGAUGUACACUAAAGAUUUUGAUAGCUCCUAUGUUUACGAGCCAGAGGGGAGGAAAUGGGGAACAGACGAGGUUAUGAACUCUAAGGAGUGGAGGUAUGGGUGCGUUGUUGAUGAUGUACUGUACUAUUACGAAUGUGAAGAAGAUUGUGUGAAAGAGUUGAGAGCCUUUGAUAGAAAGGAGAGGUGUUGGCGAGUGGUGAAAGGUUUGAAGGCAUUGUUGGCGGAGACUAGAAGUUCACUGUGGUCAAAGACUGGGAGUUACGGUGGGAAACUAGCUUUGUUUUUUCCUAAAGGAGAUGAAAGAAGAGGGGAGGAGAUUUGGUGUGCAGAGAUUUCGCUGGAGAGACGUCAAGGAGGGGAGAUUUGGGGUAAAGUUGAGUGGUGCGGUCGUCUUGUGACUGGGUUUCAAUUGAAGGAAUCUCUAGAUGUUGUUGUUUGA